CCGACAGCGUUUCUUUCUCACAGUUUCCUCCCGUUGUUCGCGCGUGCAUCGCAACUAUUAUACGUACAUACUUGCUCAUUUUUCAUACUCGCUGUGCAACUCUCAGUGGACACGAAGGCAAAGAAACGGGACUCGAAAGCUCCGCAAUAAUUUUAUGAUCAACGUCUAUGGUAAUUUUGGUGUCGUGGAAUGUGAGGACAGCGGCAUAAUCAUCAAGGGCGUCGUGAGAACUGAGAACUCGGUUCGAUCGCUGAGAAAUAGCUGCCAUUUACUGCUGAAGGGACAAACGAGGGCUCGAUAUGCGGCUGAAGGAAGCUAUCGUCUCGGUACCGCCGCAUCCUGGGGGAUUGAACAACAAUCAGUUACGUAGAAGCGAGCAGAGCCAGCCGAUCAUCGAGGAGAUCGAGAAUCGCAACGAAAUCUCGUCGACGACCGCCGAUCCAAUCGCCACCGGCCAAAUCGGCACCGAUUUCGUCGCGGAGGUUGCGCAGGAAUUUCGUGUCGCCGAAGACACGUCCACGUGGUCCUCGCUCGCCAUCACUCGCGACAACGUGCAAACCAACAGCUCGAACAACGAGACCGGCAACUUGAACAACAACCUGACGCUUCCGAGGAUAUGCAGGAACAGCUCUGUGGAAAGUCUGGCCGAUUACGAAGGGCGUAACUCCUCUCACGAAGACUCGUCCCACGAAUUGACGCCGUCCGAGUGGUCCGACUGGUCCGAGGAAGGGAAUCUGCCGUCGGGUUGUCGCGGCAUCGUCAACCCUAACUAUCCCGGUUUUCAACACCUGGCACCUUCUCUUCUCUCGGAUACUGAUCUGACGGAGGACGAGCACGAGCACGAGCACGAGCACGAGCACGAGAGCUGUCCCGAUUACAUCCGAUUGAACGACAUCGACGCGAGACCGAUCGACUCGGCUGAGAACGACAACGAGUGCAACAACAACGUCGAGGACAGCAUCAAUCACUUGUGCGGCCAGAAGAACGAGAGGAAGAUCUUUUACGAGAAGCCAAAGUUCAACAUACAGACUGUCACAUCUCUGUACGAGUCGGUGGUGCCGCCAUCGGAGAAAUGCAUAAACUACGUGAAAAGCGUUGAAGACUCGAGGACAGAGGAAAAGAUCCUCACGCUGAAAUCGGAUAUCGUGAACAGCGUGGUCGAGGCGGAGACGCAUCUGACAGUGUUGGAGCCAGAAGAGGCGGUUGCCGACACGGUCGCCGAGAACACUGCCACGGAAUUGUCGGAAGCGGUGUUGCAAAAGAAACAGGAACGAGAGAUCCCCGUCGAGGUCGAGAUCGUUGAACUGACCACCAGUGUCAAAGAGACCCUCCAGUUUCCGGAGAUCGAGGAAAUACCAGACUCGGGGAAAACUAGCGAGAUCGGCGAGACGGAGGACAUCACGGUGGUGGAGCACAUCGACCUGAUACGCGAGGCAAAGGAGUUGCCUCACCAAGCCCGUUCCAAAAUAGGCAACCGUCAGACGGUGACGUCGAGCGGCUUCGCCGACGACGACGACUCGGGGAGCAACACCGACACAGACAGUUAUCCGGAGGAGCAGCCCACCUACACCAAGCUCGAGGAGAUUGAUCUGCUCUCGAGCAUCGGCCGUGACAUCGGGGUCGAUCUCGAGAAGUACGUGCAACCGGUACCGGACGUGGUCGCCAUGGAGGCUCUCGAUCACAUUCACGCGUCCUCGCGGUCCUCCGCCUCCAUCAACAUGAACAUGAACAUGAACAUGAACAUGAACAUGAACAUAAACAAUAUGAUGAAGGACGCCAUCGAGGACACGAACAAGCUGUUGGACCGCGACCUUCCGGAAGCGUCGAGCGCCGAUACCAAAAAGAAGGAGAAGAUGGCCAGGAAUCAGGCGAAACGUAGACAGCAGCAACAGCAGCAACAGCAGCAACAGUUGCAUCACUUAAGAACGGCGAAUCCACAAAGACGUCCGGACAAGAGAAGGGCUGACGCGGACAAUGGGCCAGGCGGCUUCGACGUCUAUAACAUCGAAACAGCGAUGCCGAAAAUCGAUCUGGAUGCAAUCGAAUCUCACCUGAGAGCAGCACGCGAAGAAGAACGACGGCGACGAAACGACCGCGAAGAGAUACGAAGGAGGUUGGCAAUGGGACCAGAUGCUGAAGACUUGCGCGUUGAACGCGGAAGAAAGCCGAGCCUCCAGUCGCGGCUUCAAAGCGGAAUGAAUCUGCAGAUCUGCUUCAUGAACGAAACGCCCUCGGACACGGAAUCCCCGUGUUCGGAAAGCGACGUGUCCCCUGGAUCUACACCGACCGCGCUCAACUCGAAACAACAGCAGACUCAACAAAUGCCAGUUAGACCUCAAGUGCUGAGUCUUCCGCCCUUGAGAUUGGAGAGCUGCACCUCGAAUUCAGCACCGAUCGACGAAGCCGACUUUUUCGCUAGGCAGGCGAGAUUGCAAACCGAGGCACGAAUGGCCCUGGCGCAGGCCAAAGAAAUGGCGCAUAUGCAGAUGGAAGUCGAAAGGCAGAGGCUGAAGCAAAGUCCCAUUACGGAGAUGGUGCGAUCUAGUUUGGAAAAAGUUGGCGUCCAACUGGGUGAAGACAGACGCAGACUGUCCCGAGUGCUUUUGACGGAGCUAAAUGUCGCGCAGCUGCAGGUAGUGGCGAACGAUUUGCACGCAAGAAUCGCCGCGCUGAACGAAGCACUGGUCGAGGGACUUUUGAGAAGGGACGAUCUACACAUGGAGCAAGAUUCGAUGCUCGUCGACGUCGAAGAUCUCACCCGAUAUCUCUUCUGCUGCGUUCACAUGCAUAGAGGUGCCAAACAGGAGUCGUUGAAGAAAAAGCAGAACGCGAGGGAGCAGCAGACGGCGAGCAGAGGUCAUCAGCAGGUGAACGCGGGGCAGAACAAGCCGUCGAUGAAGCCGAAGCUCACGCACCGUGGUCUAGUCUCGCUAGUAAGGAAAUAAUGCCUCGCCGCGAGACUCCGCGCCGUGGUCUAGUCUCGUCGGAAAAUUGAGCGAGCGAGUGUUGUGUUGUUGCAGUAUCGAGAGAACGCACGAAUACGAAUUUAGCUUGCAAUUAGAUCUGCUCGGUUCGAUGCUCCAGCUCCAGAGGUCAUUCAUCCGGAAGAGGCGAUUCAUUCGAGACGAAUUCGGCGCUCGGAUUCUCUCUCCUUUGACGGAAAACUCUCUCUCUUUCUCUCUCUCUCUCUCUCUCUCUUUCUCUCUCCCUCUCUCUCUCUUUCGAAGAGAGGAAGAAAAUACAAAAGUACUGAGGAUGAGAA